AUGGAUUGCAACGAAAAAAAGAUACAGCCCGCAGCCAUCGACGCCACGCUUGAGGUGGACAGGAGCAGGAGUCACGAUGAGGGAGAGACUUAUGAAUUGAAGAAAGGCUUCUCAAGUCUCACAAUCCUUUCGAUGACGGUAAUACUGAUGGCAACUUGGGAGGCGCUUUCCAGCACAAUGGCCGCAGGGCUGGUCAGUGGGGGUCCAGUCUCGCUAGUCUAUGGGUUCCUAUUAGCAAUGAUCGGAGCCCUCGCAACUGCGGCUUCUCUAAGCGAACUUGCCUCUAUGUACCCGACUGCUGGAGGUCAGUACCACUUCACAGCGAAGCUUGCUCCGGAAAAGUUUCAGAACCCUCUCAGUUGGGCUAUCGGGUGGACUGGUACAUUUGGCUGGAUCUCCUUUGCAGCCAGCGCCCCCUUCCUCGCGGCCACUAUGAUUCAGGGCCUUGUCGUUCUCAACCACGAAACAUAUGAAAUGGAGCGAUGGCAGAGUACCCUUGUAUACUGGGCUCUUGUUGGCCUAAGCACUGUUAUAAAUAUCUGGGGCAGCCGCCUUCUCUCCUUUGUGGAGGGUGUAUCUCUGCUUAUCCACAUCUGCGCAUUUAUCGCGAAUAUUGCGGUUAUAUGGGCUUGCUCUCCCACCAAGCAUUCGGCUGAUUUCGUUUUUACGAGCUUUGUGAACAAUUCUGGCUGGUCAAGUGAUGGGGUGGCAUGGUCCAUUGGUCUGCUUUCAAGCUGCUAUGUUCUAGCCGGAUGUGACGGAGCUAUUCAUCUUGGGGAGGAAAUGAACAACCCAGCAGUAUCCGUUCCAUAUUGCAUGUUAGGCUCUGUCACAAUCAAUGGUGUCAUGGGCUUCGCGUUCCUCCUCGCCGUUCUUUUCUGUAUGGGUGACAUGGACGCGGCUCUCAAUAGCUCUACAGGAUAUCCGAUCAUUGAAGUCUUUCGUAGCGCGACGGGCUCCCGGGCUGCCAGUACUGCCAUGACUUCUACGAUUAUCUUGACUGCCUGGCUGGGUACGAUCGCGUUAUUAGCAUCGGCAGCCCGGAUGGUGUGGUCUCUGGCGAGGGACAAGGCACUUCCUGGCUAUCGGUAUCUCACCGAGCUCGAUACGAAAGCCCAGGCCCCCACCCGAUCAAUCCUGGCCACAAGCACGGUCCUCGUUCUUCUUGGGGUGGUCAAUAUCGGAUCCACCACCGCGUUCAACGCCAUCAUCUCCCUUGCCGUUCUGGGGUUACAUGUGUCCUAUCUGGUUCCAAUUACGCUCAUACUCUGGUGUCGGCUUUCUAGGAGACAUGUAGCGCUCAACUACGGCCCGUGGAGAAUGGGUCGCUUUGGCGUCCCGAUCAACCUCGUCUCGGUGUUGUAUCUAGGGUACACGAGUAUUUUCAUGGUCUUUCCUCCGUACCAACCGGUGACUGCGGAGAAUAUGAAUUAUGCGUCGCUCAUUUUCGGGGCGGUGCUGAUUUUUAGUGCUUUCUAUUGGUUCUGGAGAGGGAGAAAGGAGUAUACGGUUUCAACCAUUCGAGGUUAG